AUGUUCUUUGAUGGAGCAGUUAACUCUAGAGGAUCAGGAAUUGGAGCGGUAUUGAUAUCUGAAUCAGGACAACAUUUUCCAGCGAAAGCGAAGCUUAGAUUUCGAUGCACUAAUAACAUGGCUGAGUACGAAGCUUGUAUUCUUGGCAUCAGAAUGGCUCUUGACAUGAACUUUCAAGAAUUAGUGAUAAUUGGUGAUUCAGACUUGUUGAUUCAUCAAGUUCAAGGAGAAUGGGCCGUGAAGAAUCCUAAAAUCUUACCUUACGUACAACUGGUACGGAGGUUAUGUAAAAGAUUUAGGAAGACCGAGUUCAGACACACCCCGAGAAUACAAAACGAGUUUGCUGAUGCUCUCGCAACCAUAUCCUCCAUGAUACAACACACAAAAAAGAGUUACAUUGACCCACUUGGGAUAGGUUUAAAAGAACAACCAGCGCAUUGUUUACAUGUGGAAAAGGAAUCGGAUGGAAAUCCAUGGUAUAUCGAUGUGAAAAGGUACCUAGAAGUUGGCGAAUACCCUGAAAAAGCAACAAGCAGCCAAAAGAAAACAAUUCGAAGAAUGACAAACAACUUCUUUUUGAAUGGGGAGAUUCUUUAUAGGAGGCCUCCUGAUCUGGGAUUACUACGAUGUGUGGAUGCUGUAGAAGCCACAAAAUUGCUCGAAGAAGUGCACGCUGGAGUGUGUGGGACGCAUAUGAAUGGGUUUACAUUAGCAAAGAAAAUCUUAAGGGCAGGAUAG